AUGUUUUUUUGUACGAAACGGAUUGAACAGCCACGAAUUUUUGACGAUUUCUGUAACAUGGACGCAUGGAUAAUCAAGGAGCGAAGUACCGUGGUUUGUAACGGAACUUGUUUCAAGUGGCAACAAAUACUAAAUAAUUCAGGUUCCUAUUCGUAUAUGACACUACGGUCUUGUUACACAACUAUGUUCGAUCUCAAUGACCCACAGACAGUUCAGGAACCUAAUACAGUUUACUGCUCUACAAGAUCGACAAAUCUUGACUGUUUAACCGAUGCAAAUGUUAUCGAGGAUGCUUGCUGGUGUCAUGGUGACUACUGUAAUACAACAGGUCGUUCAGCAUUAUCAGUGUGGAUGAUUAUCGCAAUUUCAGCUCUAAGUUUAGGCCUCAUAUAUUCCUAG